CUGACCUAAAAGUGAACAAUAUCGCAUCAUGUUACGAAUAAAUUUGGAGGGUUAUAGCUUAGCCCAACAUAAGCCACACACCCUUAGAUGUUAUCUCUAAAACUUUGCCUUCUCACUCCUCCAACACUAUAUAACCUAAGCAUAACAUGCUUAGAAAAAAGCACACCAAGUGAGCAAGAAAACCCUACAAAAAAGAAGAAGAAAAAAACCAAGAAAACAAAACCCUAGAAUCAAAAGACAAUUUUAUUAUUUUCAUCACAAUGCCAAAGAUAAACAAGAUUGUGAAUUUGAAAAUUGUGGUGGAGAAGUUACAAAGGAGCCUCUCAUUGGUGAGAAGAUUGACAGCCGAAUUCGAUAACCAGCAUCAGCAUAACCAACCAGAUCGGAAUAAUAAUGACCCCUCGAAUAGCGUGCCCAAGGACGUUAAAGAGGGGCAUUUUGCAGUGAUUGCUGUUGAUCAUGAUGAAGAUGAAUUGAAGAGGUUUGUUGUGCCAUUGAAAUGUUUAACACAUCCUUCAUUCUUGAAGUUAUUGGAACAAGCUGCUGAGGAAUAUGGCUUUGAUCAUGAUGGUGCACUUACUGUCCCAUGCAGGCCAAGUGAAUUUGAGAGAAUUUUGGUUCAUGAACAAUCAAGUAUGGUUAAAAGUUGUUAAAAAUAAGAGAAAAAAAGCAACUAGUAACUCCUGAACUAUGAACAAAUUUGCUACGAUGCGUUUCAACUUCACGGGGGUCCUAUUACCCUCCUGAACCAAGUUUUAUCAUAUUUAUGUCAACCUUUUCAGCUGACAUGCAUGGCACCUUUUGUCAACCUUUUAAGCUGAUGUGACACCUUUGAUGUGGGCCCAUGCCACAUCAGCACAAAAGGAUGAUAAAAAUAUGCUAAAAUUGAAUUCAGAGGCGUAAUAGGACCCCUGUGAAGACGGAGGAUGUCGUAUCAACUUUGACCGUGGUUUAGGAGGAUACUGAAUGCUUAUCUCUAAAAAUAAUGGAGAAAAAACUACACUAAGCUAUUUUAGCUUGAUUUGCAUAAAAAUUACUAUAAGCUAUUUUAGCUCCUGAUCAGGGCGUAUUACGGUUUUUCUUCAAGGAGUGGAUCGAUGCAAUUGCAGCGAAGAAUUGUUAAUCAAACCGUUCUUUUUGAAUCGCUACAUUUCUUAUUUUUGACCGUUACACGAAACUAAAUAGAGGGAUAAUUGACCAUCCUUUAUGAUGGUAGCA